UCGUCUCAUCAGGUCUCUCUCUCUCUUACGCCUCUCCCGGAUCAUCACCUCCGUCAUCGUCAUCGUCCUCCUGGAAGGAACCUAGCUCGCUCCGACCGAGAUUAACAAGCUCCCUCUAGGCUUUUUCUCCUUUUUAAAUUGACGAUGGCGGAGACCACGCCGAAGACCACGCAUCACCGGAGGUCCAUCUCCGACUUCGGGGCCAUCUCGCUUGGCGGAAUCUUCGGAAGCGGAGACGAUCACAGAGUCGGAGGAGGUGGUGGUGGAGGCGGUGGCGGAGGAGGAGGAGGAGGAGGGUCGACGUUUGAGUAUUUCGGCUGGGUGUAUCAUUUGGGAAUCAAUUCCAUCGGCCACGAGUACUGUCACCUGAGGUUUCUCUUCAUCCGAGGCAAGUACGUCGAGAUGUACAAGCGUGAUCCUCACGAACACCCUGGAAUUAAACCUAUUCGGAGGGGCGUUGUGGGACCUACACUGAUGCUGGAGGAGGUCGGGGUUCGGAAAGUGUACUAUGGGGACGUUUAUGUUUUGCGGUUUUACAAUCGGUUGGAUGAAUCGAAGAAGGGGGAGAUUGCUUGUGCUACUGCUGAAGAAGCGCAGAAAUGGCUGGAUGCAUUUGACCAAUCUAAGCAACAGGCUGAGUACGAGCUGCUAAGAGGAGGUAGUGCCAGACACAAACUGAGCAUGGAAACCGAGAUCAAUCUCGAUGUCCAUCGACCUAGAGUGAGGCGCUAUGCAAGUGGAUUGAAAAGGCUUAUAAAAAUUGGGCAAGGACCAGAAGUCCUUUUGAGCAAUUCCUCAUCAAGCCGUGCAAAUGGUGGUUCAGAUGGAUAUUUUGAGAGGGAUGGUGGAGAUGCAAUCGAGACAUAUCAGUGGAAGUGUGUACGAACAAUUAAUGGUGUUAGGAUAUUUGAAGAUGUCGCUAAUGCUGAGAGUGGUAAAGGUGUUAUCGUCAAAGCUGUUGGUGUUAUUGAAGCAAGUGCGGAUACUGCUUUCGAAGUGCUUUUAAACCUUGAAAAACAUCAGAGAUAUGAGUGGGAUAUGCUGACAGGAGACUUAGAGCUGCUUGAUUCUUACGAUGGACACUACGAUGUUGUCUAUGGGACAUUUGAUCCCAGGUAUCUUACUCGGUGGCAUUCCAAGAGAGAUUUCAUCUUUUCUAGACAAUGGUUUCGUGGACAGGAUGGAGCAUAUACAAUUCUGCAUUUUCCAGCUGUUCAUAAGAAGAAGCCUCCAAGAUCUGGAUAUCGUCGCACAAAAAUAAAUCCAUCUACUUGGGAGAUCAGAAAUUUGAAUUCAUCCAUGGGUUCAAAUAGUCCAAGAUGUCUUGUCACGCAAAUGUUGGAGAUGAAUUCCGCCGGCUGGGGAAGAUGGAAGAAAAGUCACUGCUCAAAGUUUGAAAGGAGUGUACCUUAUGCAUUGUUGUGCCAAGUAGGAGGUAUGAAGGAAUACAUUGGAGCAAAUCCUGCACUCAAAUGUGAAUCUUCUACUACAUUUGUCCAAUCAAAGCUAUCACCAGUUUCAAAUGCCGAAUACAAUGAGUCAGACGUGAAGGAUGAGUUUUACGAUGCAAUUUCUACAGACUCUUCAUCUUCUGACGAAGAAGAAACAGAUGAUGCACUUGACAACAAGGAAGCAAAACAGAAACAGAAGAAAACUUCAGCUACAGAUGCUGAUAAGGAACUGGAUUUUGAAGUGGCUCCUAUCACAAUUGAUCUGAGCCAGUUCCCUUGUUCAUGUCGUAAAGGGAACGAUGAUGCUGACACAAACUGCUGGUCAACUCCAAGCGGCAAGGGAUUUAUGAUUAGGGGGAAGAACUACCUAAAGGACAAUUCCAAGGUCACAGGAGGAGAACCCCUUCUUAAUCUCAUAGGAACAGAUUGGUUCAAAGUUGAUAAAACCAUGGAUAAUAUUGCACUUCAUCCCAGAUGUCUUGUUCAGUCAGAAGCAGGAAAGAAGCUACCGUUUGUAUUAGUCAUCAAUCUCCAGGUUCCUGCAAAGCCAAACUAUAGUUUGGUACUUUACUAUGCUGCUGAUAGACCUCCAAAGCCAGAUUCGCUGUUUUCUAAGUUUGUGGAUGGGGAUGACACGUUUCGCAACACAAGAUUCAAGUUGAUUCCCAGUAUCGUUGAGGGAUAUUGGAUGGUCAAGCGUGCUGUUGGAACAAAAGCUUGCCUGCUGGGAAAAGCUGUGACUUGCAAAUAUCUCAGACAAGACAAUUUCUUGGAGAUUGAUGUCGAUAUUGGUUCAUCAUCUGUGGCAAGGAGUGUCAUCGGACUUGUCUUAGGAUAUGUCACGAGCAUAGUUGUUGAUCUUGCAAUUUUAAUAGAGGCAAGGGAGGAGGAAGAGUUGCCUGAGUACAUUCUGGGGACCGUUCGACUAAAUCGUUUGAAGCUCGAAUCUGCUGUGCAUUUGGAGGAAUGACGUUCGUGUCAACAUCCUUGUUCAUUUUUCAACCCCUGUCAGAGCUAUUGAUGGCUUUGAGUGAGGGGUUCUCUUUAUACAUUAUGCAGUUUUUGAUAAGAGCCCGGGUUUUUAUGUAGAAUAAAACAUUCAAUUAAGCAGCUUUAAUGUCCAAAAUCGAGCAG